AUGGACCAACAGCAGAACGCAGCUGCAACGCGGGUUCAUGGCCCAGUCACAGAGAAGGUGAACGUCAACGUCAACGUCAACGUCAACGCGAACCAAACGGCCGCCACCAACCCACCUCGUCCAUCCGCCGAGGACGCCUCCCGCCCCAUCUGGGAGUACUCGCCGCUCGAGUCCAACGAAGCCAUCCUCGAAGCCAACGCCGAGGGCAGCACCGAGGACAUGGCUCCGCACCACGGCCGAGACCGCGGCGCCAGCCGGGGCGGCCAACCGCCCAAGCGCGCCGACCUCGACCUCACCGGCGUCCUGAGCCACGACCAGAAGACCCAGCUGGUCCAGUUGCUCAACAGCAUCAUGGACGCCAUGCACAAGCAGAUCAAGGACCUCUGGGACACGCUCGGCGACAACGUCGACGACUCCGAGGAGCGUGUCCGGCCCGAGGGCCUCGAGGUCCGCGCCAUGUGCUGGACCAUCCCUAACCCCCGAAGUGCCAAGUAUGCCGCCCAGUUUGGCAAUAAACCUGCAGGCUCUGAGCAUACCGAGUCUUCCACUCCCUCGUCGGCUUCCACCACCACUCGACCCGGCCCCGUCCCUGGGCCUGGCGUUCCCCGGCCUGGCCCGGUUCUCGGUCCCGGCGUCCCGCCCAUGAGAAUGCCCAAGUCGCCCGAGGACGCAGCGCAGAUGCAGGGCAAGACCACCAAGGCCGACAUCUACAAGUCGCAGAUGGUGGAGAUGAAGCGUGACGUCUUGGCCAACUUUGGCAAGUGGCGCAGCAAUUUCCAGAAGAAGCUUGCAGACAUUACCAUCAAGGGCGCCGGCAACGCUGGCAAUGUCGUGUCCCAGGUUCCCCAGCCUGCUGGAGGUAGUGCCAAACGUGGUGGUGGUGGCACUCAGAGUGGACGAGGAAGACCUCCGCAGACAAGUGCCGCCAUCGGCACGUCGGUUCAUGAAUUCAAUGCCGUCUCUGCUCGAGCCUAUCCACCUAUUGCCAACACUCUCAAUUCCGGCCCCAAGGAGAAGCGUGCCAUGAUUCUUCACGCUAUCAUGCUUAUCCUGCUUGGCAUGGAGAGUUACACGGCCCACUCUCGACGACUCUUGUGCCAUCUCUGCAGCUCUCUGAACAUCCCGCUGAAUGUCCUCACCGAGGAUGAGAUUCGAGUUGCCAAGGCACUGUCCAAGAUUGUCGAGGGCAUCACGCCCGCGCAGAUUGCCGCUCGCCGCGAGGUGGAAGGCCGCACCCGCCGCUGGAAACAGCCCAAGAAGGAGGCCGCUGUCGCUACGGCUGCGCUAAGCGAGGUUCAUACAACGGCUCUCCAUAAUUCGACCAACAACGCCGCCAGCAAUGGUGGUUUGGCCGCGCCCCUUGUCUCCGCCAGUCUUAGUACGGUAUUCGGAGGACUCGGUCUCUCAACCACUGCGACGGCCGGGCUCCUCGGCCCCACGGCGGAAAGCUCAGUCGCUGUUGGUACCUUGUUCGGUCUGUAUGGCUCCCGAGCAACCAUUAAGAUGACCGAUAACUACCCAAAGGACAUCCAGGAGUUUGCCCUGAUGCCCGUCCACGGUUCGCAGCAGGACAGUCCCAUGCUGGACCCCAAGGACGUCCACCCCGACGAUCGACGCAUGCGUGUCACCAUUGGAAUCAGCGGCUGGUUGACUGACGAUCUGGGUGAGGAUGGUUAUAAGUACCCCUGGCAGGCGCUUGGUGACCAGACCGAGGUCUACACUGUCAGAUGGGAACUUGAACAUCUCAGCAAGCUAGGCGUUGCACUCGAGACCGUCAUCGGAAGCGCUGCGUGGAGCCUGUCGAAGCAGGAAGCAGGUCUUUCUGUCAUCAACAGCCUCAACAAGCGCAUCUUCCCGUACUCACUGACUCGCGCUUCGAAGCUCAUCGACAACCCUUGGAUCGUAGGCAGCGUACGUGCUGAGAAGCUAGGCCAGGUCCUCGGCGAUGCGAUUGUGAACAAGGUCGCAGGCGAGCGACCCGUCAGCCUCAUCGGCUACGGCCUUGGAGCCCGUGCCAUCUACGUCGCGCUCAUGCACCUUGCAGAGAAGCGCUGCCAUGGCUAUGUCGAGAACGCCGUGCUCAUGGGAGCACCUUGUCCCUCAAUGGUCACAGCCUGGGCAAGCAUGCGCGGCGUAGUCACUGGGCGACUGGUCAACGUCUACAGCAAGAACGACAGCCUCCUCGCCUUUGGCAUGCGAGAGCUUAACUACACUGAGGGUCUGGCGGGUCUCGAGAAGAUCGUCGGCGUUGCUGGCGUUGAGAAUUUUGACGUCUCCAAGAUUGUGUCCGCACAUCUGCGAUACCAGCAUCUGGUCGGCCCAAUUCUGAAGAAGAUCGGCUGGGAGGAUGUUGUCUCGUCCGAGGUUGUACGCAACGAGGCGUCACUAAACGCCAUGAUCCAGGCCGAGAAUGCUCGGGACGUUCUUCGUCAGAAGCAGCCUCUCACCCGCCAGUACAAGGAGAUCGAGGAGCUGGAGAAGAUGGAGGGAAUCACGGCCAAGACCACCAGUCUGACGCUUGAGCAUAUUGCUCCCACUACCACCACCAGCAGCGGCGGUGAUACCAGGGGCAACAGGACCGCCCAGUCGGCCGGGUCGAAGGUCUAG